CCGUUUAGAGAGAGUAAAGAAGAGAGCGCGCGAGAAUAUUCUACACACUAAUGUUCUAUGUAAUGAGUAGAUAACGGCUUUAAAAUGCACAAAUAACUGUUCAACAGUGUACGAAUAUUUUUUGGUGGUGGGUUUUCUGGUCGGCAGGCAAAUAUAUUUAGCCAAACGAAAAAACAGUUGGACAUAAAGCUCUCUCAAAUAAACGACAAAAAUUUAAUAAAGCGGAAGUUUUUUUUAAACAAUAAAAUAAUAUAUCAACUUUUUUUCUACAUAAAAAUACACAUAUUUAGAUAAAUUAUAUUAAAAUUAAAUUUUCAUAUAAUUAAGUGCAAUAUUUAUUUCUAUACAAAAUAAAUAACAGUUUAAAAAAAAAUCUCUAAUAUUAAUAAUAAAAUUUUAAAAGAAAAUUUCCAUCGUCUACUUCGGUCGGUAUCUGUAGACAAUAAUCGUUUUAAUUAAGGAGAAAGAAAAAAAAAACAACAAGAAACAAAAUUAAUACAUAUUCAGUUUGGUAACACGAUUUAAAUAAAUUAUUAUAUAAUACGCCAGCAACAGAAAAUCGUAGGAUUAUUAAUAAAAGUUCAAUUAUAAUAAUAAUAUAAUUAGAAAAAAAAACAACAAAAGAAAAAAUCUUCUUAACACAGAUACACGGUGGGAUUAUGUGCGAUAAAUCAAUAACUACAUGGAAGAUGUGUUUCAAACACAAUUUUCAUAUCGCAUUAAAAGGAAUAUAAGACAAAAAACUGUCGCUUUAUAUACAAAAUAUAAUACAUACAUAUGUAUAUACUUGUUAAGUUAUAUACUUAAGUACAUAUGUAUGUGUAGCUAUAUACACAUUAAUAUAUGUACUUACAUACAAAAGCAAAUGUCAAAUCAACAGUGUUAAUUUUUAUACCAACUACUAAGCAAAGUCAAUCCGCAAUUUCGCACAACCAAACCUAACCAAACCAACUAAGUAACUCAUCCCUACCUGGUGGGUUGUUCUGCCUUCUAUCUCUUUGGCUGUUUGUCUGCUGUAAUAAUCACUUCAUAUCACUCAUUCAUUCAUUCAUUCAUUCAUUCAUUCAUUCAGUCAGUCAUUUAGUCAGUCAGUCAACUAUGGCCACUGCCAAUCCUAUAAGUAGUAGUUGCCAAAGCAUUGCCACCGUUAGUUUGGGUAAUGUUGCGGUUGCAACUAGUGCUACAGGCGGAAGUUUACGUUCGGGCAAUGGUAACGGAAAUACCACCCAUUAUGUCAUGGGCACCGGCAGUCUGGGACGUUUAAAAUAUCACAACAAACACAAAAGUCUAGACGCCAGUGAUGAAGAGUUGGAAUAUUCCCAGUUGUCACAAUCGACCCAUAUUUUGGGCCGAGUCAAGUCCGAACGCUUUUUAGCAUCUAAAGUAGAUGAAGAUCGCCGUCGCCGUACCAUUAUUGUAGAAAAGAAAAAUGAUUCAUUUGGCUUUACACUGCAGAGUUAUGGCAUACACUAUAAAAAAGAUCAAGAAGUGGAAAUGAUCACCUAUGUGGAUUAUGUGGAAUAUGAUGGACCAGCUUAUAGGGCUGGCAUGAGAGAAGGUGAUGUUAUACUCUCAAUUAAUGGACGAGAUAUGGAGAAAGCCGAUCAUAAAACAUUGGUGGACUAUAUUAAGAGUUGUGAUACACGCAUGAGAAUGGUUGUGCUUUUUGAGGACUGUGUACGCAAGGUUGAACUGCAUAUGCGUUAUAUACAAUUGCAAAAUAUGUUGCAGAACAAAAUGAACGAAUUGGAAAAGAUUUGCAUAAGAGAAAGAGAGCUUUUGGAAGGAAAGUGGAAGACACACAGUUUGCCAGCACGUAAAAAGGCCACCACUUCGCCUACAGAUGGUACAGAUACAGGAAAUUCUCCCACAGAUGCUGAACUUAAUUUACCAUAUUACCGUUCAACACUCUCCACCGAAGACGUAACAAAUAUAGCACGUCAAACACAGCAGACAAUAAUACCACCACCAGCUCAGUUUAUGCUGUCGUAUCACUAUUUCGAUCCACAUUAUCGGUAUGUGAUGAAACCCUCCACUUCGACAAAUAGUAGCGGAGAUUGUUUUGUAACAAUCGGUGAACCUUUGACGAGGGCAGAAUCGGGAGACACUACAACUGCUCCAGCCACUUCAACCCACUUUACGAGUCAAAGACGUGCCAGUAAUUCGCAGCCACCAGCUCCACCACCAAGAACUUGUGAAAAACAUAAACCACCAAACAAACAGCAACAGCAACAACCGCAGCAGCAAAGUCAACAGCACCAAUCACAAAAACAGGAUUUAAAUAAUACGCACAAAUCAUCCAAGACCGGUAAGCAUUGUCAUGGUCAUUCGUGUAAUCCUUGUAUAGACUUUAGAUGGAAAUCAGCUGAAAAAUCAGCAGCAGCUGCUGCUGCAGCCGCCACUGGCAAUGGUGAUAAUGUUAGUUUGGAUGCUUAUGAUCUAGCCAGUCCAUGUUGCGAUACUCAUUGUGUGCCAUCACGGCGACGUACUCGUCAUCAUCACAAAGAGCAUACACACAAACAUAAACAUCGAGAUCGUGAUCGAGAACGAGAGCAUGACACUAAAGAAAGACCACCAAGACCAAAGUCUCAGAGUCACGUAACUUCGGGAGCAACAAGACAUCAUCAUCACCAUCAUGUUACAGCAGAUGGUGGUCAACAUCAACAUCACUACUAUGAACAUCAGCAGCAGCAACAGCAGCAACAACAACAGCAAUCACAGCAUCAUCACCAUCAAAAAUCGCACUGCGAUUCUCAUACUGGUAGUAUACGAUCCCGUUACUUUGAUAUUGCCUCUGGAUUAGCUAGUCGUUGUAGUUUGCAUUCGUGUACAUCAAGCGAAUUUGCACCAGCAGAUUCCGCUUCAUAUACUACUUCUAUUAGUACUGAUACUCUUUUCUAUGAUCCGAAUAGUGAAAAUCCAGCAACUUCUCGUCAACAUUCCACCAAAUCAAGGCAAUCCUGUCAACAACAGCAGACACAGCAACAACAGGCUCAGCAGCAGCAACAACAACAAACUUAUCAUCAUUCUCACCAUCAGCAUCAACAUCAUCAGCAGCCAACUCAGCAGCACCAACAACAGCAAUAUAUGCAACAAGCCAUGUAUCAGCAACGUUAUCAUAUUACCGCAACCCAGGUACAACCAGCUCAAAUUUAUCCCAACUCUGCUUAUGUGCACAAGCCAAAGUCGUGGGAUAAUCUCACAGCAGCCAAUAUAGGAGCCUAUGGCUAUGGUUAUGGCUAUUUGGAUACGGUGGCCAUGAAACCGGUGGUAAAUUUACAAAUAGCUCAACAGCGUCAUUCCAUACCACGCAAAAAUCCCUAUGGACGUUAUUCAACUUAUACCGAUGUUGAGAACUAUGCGCCACCACCAACGGAAUUCGUCGAACAAGUCACAACUACAACCACCACUAUAACGGCCAAAUCCACGGAGGAACUUAUAGCUACUUCUCAGAGUGGCUGUGACUGCAUGACACCCAAACAACAUCAACAGGCCAUUAAACUUGCUCAACUACAACUCAGUCAAAAUCAACAAGUUUCCCAGCACAACAACUGUCAAAUGGGCUACUACUCCCAUCUGGCUCAACCGAAAAUGGAUGCCACCACUUCAACAUCGGCACCAAAUGCCGCCAAUAAUGCCAGCAGUGUUGCGGCUAAUGUCUCGUCCACUGCAAAUUCUAACGUUGGCACUAGUUCCACUGUUAAUGCUAGUGGUGGCUCGAAUGUAGCAACUGUUACCGAAGUAACACGUUUGUAGGUAACGCUUGUUUAGACCAGUAACUGCCAUUGGUCUAAAUGACAAUACAAUAUAUGAAUACGAAACUUUAUGAGCAGUGCAUUUACAUUAACAAUGAUCUCAAAUAUUAUUACGAUAACAAAAAUUAGCCAAAGAAUUUAUGACCAAAACUCUCAAAAAAGAGAGUCUGUGCUUAAAUUAAUUUUUUGAAUAAGAAUAAUAAUAAUGUAGAAAGCUAAAGUACUAAAUUUUUAGAAAAAAAUAUUUUUUUUUAAUUCAAUUAUAUUCCAAAAUUUGCAUGCUUAACAUACUUCAUAACAAAAGUUAUGUGAACUUUUAUGAACUUAAAGUUCAUAACUUUACGAAUAUUUGAAGAAAUUAUUUUGGCAUUAAAACAAAUUUAGAUUCCUUAACUAAAUAUGUACUUUGUUUUGUAGUCUGGUAUUAGGUCCAAAUAAUAGUCUACUCUAUAGUCGUGACUUUAGACUAAUCUAUAGUCUGGUAUACAUUUUGGACUAUUGUGUGAUCCUCAUUCUUAACUACACUCUUGUCUAAAGUACACGCUAUAGUCCGGACCAAAGAUUGCACCAUAGUAUGAUAUUUAUCUGAUUAAGGAUGAGGUUUAUUGUCUGGAAUUGUGUAUGAUAUAUUAUCUGGCCAAUUUUCUAUUAAGUUUUCUAGUCUAUAGUCUGCUAUUGUCUGAUCUAAAGUUUGAUCUGCGGUCUGCCAUUUCAUCAAAACUAAAUAUAGUCAAGGGCCCUGACUAAACCUGUCAAGGGUUUGAACGUAUUCUGAACAAGUUUCUGCACCUAAUCUGAUCAAGAGUCUGAUCUUUAGUUAGACUUAAUUUGGUCUGGGUUAUACUCUGGAUUAUAUUUUUUACCAUAGUCUGUGUAUAUAUAUAGUCAGAACUAAGUCUGCUCACGCAUCAUAGUCUAGAUUUGAAGUUAGUUUAUAGUCUAGAUAAUGGACCAUGCUAUCGUGCUAUCGAUUCCCAUCUGAGGCACUGGUAAUAGAUCGUACAACAAGCCCGGUAGAGGUCUAGAUUUUAUGUUAGAAAUAUUCUCCAUUUAACCAUCUAUAGUCUGAAUUGGAACGGGCUGAGCUCUGGUCUUUUCAGACUAUUUCAGAAUAUAUUGAAUACGAAAGUUUUGAAUUUAUUUCCAUUCUUUGAAAUUCCGAUUUGGCUGGAAUAUAGUUGAAAUUAAAAUUAUUCAAGAAUUGUUAUAAAUAAGGACAAGUGAAUUUAUUUUUUAAAACUAGAAAAGUUUUUCAAAAUUGAAAAAAUUUUUUUGUAGUUUUUUUUUUUGAUAUUUGAAAAAAAAAGGAUUUUUUUAAAUUUUGAACAACAUAAAAACCAAAAUAUUAAAUAUAACCGUCUAUAAUCAUAAACUUAUACAUCGAUUCAUUAAGAAGUAGGUCCAUAUAAUAAUAAAAACACAAACAAAUAUAUUCAAUGUAUUAAGGUAACAACGCUAAAGUCUUGUCAACUAUGCCAAACUUAUAAAAACUACUUUUUUAAAAUAAAUUAAUUGUUGUGUUUAUUUUUUCUAAAAAACUAAUAAUUUAAUUAUAUAAAAAAAUAAAUUAAGAUUAACGAUAAAUAAAUUAAAAAAACAUACCAAGUCUUUUAAAAAUUUAAAAUGCUGAAAUAUUUGUAGGUCUAAUAGGUCUAGAAAAUCUGAAAAUGAAAAGAAAAUUUACAAUUUUAUUUUACAGUUAAGACUGAAGGGUUUUUAAGAUAAAGUCUUUUAAUAAUGAAUAUUUAAAACUAAUAAUAAUAUAGUGUUAGAAUUAAAAUUUAAAUUAUUUUUCAUUUAAUAAUAGAAAAAAACAACAACAACAUCAAUUGUGAUAUAAAAAGCA